AUGUUUUGUGCAUUAGUUUUUCCUUGCAAUGUCAAGACUUAUGAAAUAGUUUGCAGACUAUUCCAUUCAUUGUCUUCUUCUCAACCUCUCCUCUCCACCCCCCCAAAAAAUAAGGAAGGAUCAUGUCCUACAGCUAAAAUAUUGAAGCGUGAGAUACCAAAUUAUCCUGAUGAUACAAAGGAGAUUGACGACAUCCUUGUUGUUGAAACAAGUACACCUUCUACAUAUGACCAGCACAAGGGUAAUACUGGGAAUAGUAUAGAGGAACAGCGUGCUGAACUUAAAUCAACCCAAGUUAAGGAAGCUGAUAAACAAGGAACGAAGAAGACAAGUGUUGUUUCUGUUUGUUCUUCAUUUUCUGUUGGAGAGUUUGAGUGUGUUCAAGCCUUCACGGAUUCAUACUUCUCCAAGAGUUCAAUUGAAUCAUCUUACACCAUUAAUUGUGGAAAAAGAUUCCUGAAAUCUGAUUCUAUUGUCAUUGCAUGCGAGUUAAUCGCGUUCACUUACAAAUUUGGAAACUUUGCGUUGUCUUUUAAAAUUGUUGGUUUAAAUAAUCUGAUUCUUGAAAAUUGUUCUGUGAAAUUAGGGUUUAUACAUCAGUGCAUUCGUUGUUGUUUUUGGAAAUUGGUUGUUGGGAAAGUUUCUUGCAAGAUUGUGGCUGGUGAUUAUUUGAAUUGUGCAUUUGUUUUGGUUUCUGGAAAAUUUGUUGUGAAGAUCUUCUUGCAGGUUCUGGUUGUUAGUUGUCUUACCAUUGUUUUGUUUGUGAGUGUCUUGGAAAAUAUGGACAUGAAUGAGAAAUUAGAAACCCUUACCAAUUUAGUCCAGCAACUAGCCUUGACUGUAGCCAAUAAUAUGGGGAAUCAAGGGGAAAGACCACAACAGCUUCUGCAAAAUAGGAACAGUGAGGACAAAACCUUGAAGAUUGACUUACCUAGUUUUGAUGGACAAUCUCCAGACCCAGAGGUGUAUCUAGAUUGGGAAGCCAAUAUGGAAAGAUAUUUUGACUUCAAGGAAACCCCACCUGAACAGCAAUUUAAGCUAGCUAAGAUCAAACUGACCAAGCUUGCUGCAAUAUGGCUAGAAAGAGUGCAAAAGCAAAGAAGGAGGGAGGAUAGAGAAAGAAUCAAUACAUGGGAAAAAUUAAGAAAGCACUUGAGAAGGAAGUAUGUCCCACGCAAUUAUAGACAGCAAUUGUAUAUGAAAUGGGGAACAUUGAGACAAGAUAAUAGAACUGUGUCAGAUUAUAUUCAAGAAUGGGAACGACUGUCUGUUGUUUGUGACACCAAUGAAACUGAGGAGAUGAAGGUUGGGAAAUUCAUAGGAGGACUAAGGGAAGAUCUGAGGAAAAAGUUGGAGUUGAUUCCAAACCUUACCUUUAGCUUGGCUUGUAGUAAUGCUCUCACCUUAGAAAAAUAUUCUAAGAAGAAAUCAAGCAUGGGCAGCACCUACAAUAGACCAGUGAGGAAUUAUAACCCAAAGAAUAUUACUACACCAACACCCACUGUGACUCAGACCAAUGCACCAGAUAGGAUCCCACCAAUGACCAAUACCACUAAGGAUAAAAAUCCCAAGGACUUGAAGGAGGUAGUUUGUUUUAAAUGCCAUGGACAUGGUCACAUUAAGAGUGAGUGCCCCAAUGCUAGAGCCUUCACUGUGCAAGAAUGGGCAGAGAUUAAAGAAGUAGGGAGACCUAGGGCCAUGAUGGUUAGCAGAAAUGGUAGGGAGGAGUUAGUUUGGCCUUCAACAUCUGAGAAAGACCCUGAUGGUACAUACUGUGUAAAUGAUGAAGGAGUCUUAGAGACUUUUGAGGGAAUUGAGGACAGUGAGGAAGAAGGGGACAGAGAGGAAGUGUAUCCUGAACCUGAUAUGCAAAAUUUGUUGAUUAGAAGAAACUUUCAUGCUACCCCAAAGACUAAACCAAAUGAUCAAAGAGAAAACAUCUUUCAAACCAAAUGCAAAAUUAAGAACAAGGUGUGUGAUCUGAUCAUAGAUGGGGGGAGUGAAACUAACUGUGUCAGCAAGGAUUUAGUUCAGACCUUAGACUUAGAAACUAAGCCACACCCACAUCCCUAUAAACUAAAAUGGUUGGAUAGCAAAGCAAGUGGUUUUGUUAAGAAGAGGUGUUUGAUUCAGUUUGCUAUAGGAUCAUUUGAGGACAAGGUGCUUUAUGAUGUGUUAGACAUGACUGCCUGUCAUGUGCUCUUAGGUAGACCAUGGCAGCAUGACCGAAGGACUUUACAUGAUGGCUAUACUAAUGUUUAUACCUUGAGACAUGAGGGGAAAAUUAAGGACCUUAUGCCCUUGCCACCCCACAGGACUUUACCUCCACAGCAACCAAUAGGCAGUGGCUUCGACUUACCUUCACAGAAGACAGUAGGCACUUCACUUCCACAGAGACCUGUAGGUAAUGUGUCUUUGAUAAAUAGAAAGGUGAGUAUUAAGGAGGUCAGGAGAGAAGGACUAGCCUUUCUUUUGUUCAGUAAGGAAGUAACACAAGAGAGUAGUCAACAAGACCCCAGGAUCACUAACUUGUUGGAUCAAUUUGCUGAUGUUUUUCCUAUAGAAUUACCAGUAGGGUUACCUCCAUUAAGGGGUAUUGAGCAUCAAAUAGAUCUUAUGCCAGGAGCAGCUCUACCCAAUAAGCCUGCAUAUAGAACUAGCCCUAAGGAGGCCAAGGAGUUGCAAAGACAAAUACAGGAGCUUAUGCACAGAGGGUAUGUUAGAGAAAGCAUGAGUCCAUGUGCUGUUCCCACCUUACUUGUUCCUAAAAAGGAUGGAACAUGGCGAAUGUGUGUUGAUAGCAGGAGCAUGAACAACAUUACUGUUAAAUAUAGGUUUCCCAUACCCCGAAUAGAUGAUAUGUUGGAUGAAUUGUCAGGAUCUCAAUGGUUUAGUAAGAUAGACUUGAGAAGUGGGUAUCAUCAAAUCAGGAUGAGAGAAGGCGACGAAUGGAAGACCGCAUUUAAAACCAAAUAUGGCUUGUAUGAGUGGAUGGUUAUGCCAUUUGGGCUAACUGGAGCCCCAAGUACCUUCAUGAGAUUAAUGAAUGAGGUCCUAAGACCAUUUUUAGGAAGGUUUAUAGUGGUGUAUCUUGAUGACAUACUAGUGUACAGUAGGAGUGUAGAGGAACACCUUGACCAUUUGGAACAGUUGUUCAAGACCCUUAGGGAACAGAGACUAUUUGGGAAACUAGAGAAUUGUUCCUUCUUAUUAACUGAGGUUUAUUUCUUGGGAUUUAUAGUAGGGAGACAGGGAGUGCAGGUAGACCCUACAAAGAUAGAAGCCAUUAAGACUUGGCCAGUACCCACUAGUAUCACUCAGGUAAGGUCUUUUCAUGGCCUAGCCUCUUUCUACAGGAGGUUCAUUAAGGAUUUUAGCACCAUUAUGACACUAAUCACAGACUGCACUAAGGGGAACACUUUCAAAUGGACCACAGAAGCACAAUUAGCUUUUGAGAAUAUUAAGGAAGCCAUGUGUAACCCUCCUAUUUUGAGACUACCUGAUUUCAGUAAACCAUUUGAGGUAGAAUGCGAUGCCAGCAACACAGGAAUAGGAGCUGUCUUAAUCCAAGAAGGUAGACCUGUAGCAUACUUUAGUGAAAAGCUAAAUAAAAGUAGGAUAAAUUACUCAGCCUAUGAUAAAAAUAACAUUCCAUAA